AUUCGAUGGGUAAAGGAGGGGAGGAAGGGCAGCCUGGUCUUCUUCUUCUAAAGGGUCAGUGGCAAAGCAAAGCAGAGGCUAUUACACCAAACACUGUAAGGGGAAUUUGAUCGAACAUUUUGAAGACCAGACCAAAAACAAGGAAAAAAGAUGGCCAUGGCAAGCAUCGCAAGGCGAAAGGCUUACCUUCUUUCCAGAAACUUGUCGAAUUCCAGUCCCGAUGCUUUCAGGUACUCCUUCUCCCUCACUUCCUUCUCCAGGGGGUUCGCCUCCUCCUCUGGAUCUGAAGAGAACGACGUCGUCGUUAUUGGCGGUGGCCCCGGAGGCUACGUGGCCGCCAUCAAGGCCGCUCAGCUUGGCCUCAAGACCACCUGUGUCGAGAAGCGUGGAGCUCUCGGCGGUACAUGCCUGAACGUUGGCUGCAUACCUUCCAAGGCACUUCUCCAUUCCUCUCACAUGUACCAUGAAGCAACGCAUUCAUUUGCCAGCCAUGGAGUGAAGUUUUCUUCUGUUGAACUUGAUUUACCUGCCAUGAUGGCCCAAAAGGAUAAAGCUGUCUCUAACCUUACACGAGGUAUUGAAGGCCUUUUCAAGAAGAAUAAGGUGAACUAUGUAAAAGGCUAUGGCAAGUUUGUCUCACCCUCUGAAGUUUCUGUGGACACCACUGAUGGUGGAAACACUGUGGUGAAAGGCAAGAAUAUUAUAAUUGCUACUGGUUCUGAUAUAAAAUCUUUACCUGGAAUCACCAUUGAUGAGGAGAGAAUUGUAUCAUCAACCGGAGCUCUGGCUUUGAAGGAAGUCCCUAAGAAACUUGUGGUCAUUGGAGCUGGAUACAUUGGAUUGGAGAUGGGUUCCGUAUGGGGCCGCCUUGGCUCUGAGAUAACUGUUGUCGAGUUUGCUGGAGAUAUCGUCCCAACCAUGGAUGGGGAAGUCCGCAAGCAAUUUCAACGUGCCCUUGAGAAGCAGGGAAUGAAAUUUAUGCUAAAAACAAAGGUGGUAGGAGUUGAUAGUUCUGGUAGUGGUGUAAAACUGACCCUUGAACCAUCACAAGGAGGCAGUCAGACCACCCUUGAAGCUGAUGUUGUUCUUGUUUCUGCUGGUAGAACUCCAUUCACAGCCGGGCUUAAUCUGGACAAGAUUGGAGUUGAAACUGAUAAGAUUGGGAGAAUUUUAGUCGAUGAUAGAUUCGCUACCAAUGUUUCAGGUGUUUAUGCAAUUGGAGAUGUAAUACCUGGGCCCAUGUUAGCCCACAAGGCAGAAGAGGAUGGAGUUGCAUGUGUAGAGUUCAUAGCCGGAAAGGUAGGUCAUGUCGACUAUGACAAGGUCCCAGGGGUUGUCUACACGCACCCUGAGGUUGCAUAUGUUGGAAAGACUGAAGAGCAAGUGAAGGAACUUGGUGUUAGUUACCGUGUUGGAAAGUUCCCUUUAUUGGCUAAUAGCAGGGCCAAGGCAAUAGAUGAUGCUGAAGGUAUUGUCAAGAUUUUGGCUGAAAAGGAGACGGACAAAAUAUUGGGAGUUCAUAUAAUGGCACCCAAUGCUGGAGAGCUUAUCCAUGAGGCAGCAAUAGCCUUGCAAUAUGAUGCCGCUAGUGAGGACAUAGCUCGGGUUUGCCAUGCUCAUCCAACAAUGAGUGAGGCAGUGAAGGAAGCUGCCAUGGCUACUUAUGACAAGCCCAUUCACAUCUAGAACAUGACUACUCUGUAUUCUUCUUUCAUUUUUGUUUUAGAAUUUUGGAAUGACUUGGUUAAAGACUUUCCCUCUUCAUUUUUCUUUCUUAUCAUAGCUGGCAGAUUUAAGUGCUUGCAUACGAAUUUGCUGUUCUUGAUUUGCUUUUGGCCAAGAUGACGGAAUAACUUUGUAUGCUUUUUCGUCGUCGUUAAUAACAACAUGAGAAUGGUAUGUUGAGCAUA